AUGUGGGAUGCCUAUCUCUUCAAUGGUUACAAGCCCUUUCUCUACAAUGUCACCUUUGAUGCCUGCAAGUUCCUUGCCAAUGUCAAUUCCAAUCCUGUGAUCAACUUCUUUCAUGAAUCGUUUACGUCCUUCUACAAUGUGAACCACACAUGUCCCUACAAUCAUGAUAUUAUUAUGGAAAAGCUUCCCAUUGACUUUGUCAAUCACCGGAUGUCGAAAGUUCUUCCAUUUCCUGAAGGUGAUUAUCUCGUUGAAUUACGUUGGAUUCGUGCCGAACCCUUUUAUGCUAUUUUCAAAUUAUAUGGAACUCUUUCUUGA